AUGGAGCCUGUGGAGGCUACCCAGCAUAGCAGCUGGGACCCUAACCCUGGUGACCUGGGAGCCACUUCCAGAGGCACCAAAGGCUUUCUGCUCAACCAGACCGUUGCUGAUGAGGUCUUCAUGCUGAGCUUAGCCUUCAUGGCCUAGUGGGCAGCCCUGCACCAUUGGCCCUCUGGGUUGAUGCUGUGCUGCGCAGUGCUCAGCGUGGACCACUACAUUGCUAUGGUGCACCCUCUGCGCACCGCUACCUACUGGCGGCACAAUGUGACCAAGCUAGGUAACUUGGGUGUGUGGGUGGCAACCUUGCUGAUCACCCUGCCUAUCACCAUCUUCACAGGCACCAGGCCGGCUCUGGGCAGCCAGGUCAUGACCUGCAACCUACACUGGAUGCACCUGGCCUGGUCGGUGGUCUUCAUGGUCUACACUUUCCUGUUGGGCUUCCUGCCACUGGUCUUGGCCAUCAGACUGUGCUACCUGCUUAUGGUGAGCAAGAUGCGAGUGGUGGCACUAUGGGCCAGCUGGCAGCAGAGGAAACGCUCAGAGAAGAUCAGGAGGCUGGUGAUGGUGGUGGCCAUCUUUGUGCUCUGCUGAAUGCCUUUUUAUGUGGUGCAGCUACUGAGCCUGUUUGUGAACAGCCUUGAUGCCACCACCAAGCUCAUCCUCAGAUAUGCCAACAGCUGUUCCAACCCCAUCCUCUAUGGCGUUCUCUCUGACAACUUCCACCGUUCUUUCCAGCAGAUUUUCUGCCUGUACUGCUGCCUCCUGGAUGCCACUGUCAGUGCUGAGGAAGAGCCCCUGGACUACUCUUCUGUUGCUCUCAAAAGCAGAGGUAGGGCAGGAUGCAUAUGCCCCUCACGCCCCUGCCAGCAGGAGCCCAUGCAUCAAGAACCCAGUUGCAAGCAGGUUCCCCUCUCCAGGACCACUACCUUCUGA